CUUAUCACGGUAAGGUGGCGAGAAUUUUGUAGAAACAGGGUUUUAUGAAAAAAUAGGAGCAGAACAACUAACAAACAGGCUUCACUUCAUCAUCAAACUCCAUGUUCUAUACCGCCCGACGAAAACUUCGUAAGUGCGUACAAUAAUGUCGGAAAUCGCCGAUUUGAUGGCAGCAGUGGCAGAAUUCGAUGUCGCGCAGAGCGGACCACAGCACACACCUACUGGCGAGAAUUCCCCAUGUGGAAUGGACGUCGCGGUCGCGGCACAGCUGGAAAUAAAGCCGACAGAAAUUAUGCAGACAACCCAAGCAGUUUCUCCAGCGGAGCAAGGGACGCCCGCUGCGGUUGUGGAAGCAAACGAAAAACUUGCUGAUGACCAAGAUCAUGAUCCCACCGCGUCACCCGCAAGAACUCCACUAAACAACACACCAUCCUCCAAAGAAGCGGAAGCAAAUCGGCUUGCCUUCGAGAGGAAUUCCGCCGCGCGGUGGGAGGAACGGAAGCGCAAAGCGGAGGCGAUGAAAGAACAGUCUGCGUCGAAAAAAGUGGUCGCGACGCCGAGCACAGCGGCGAGUGUGGGUUCUUCGUCGUCCUCGGUUGCGUCCUCUGGGAUGAAAACGAAACCUGAGAGCACCAGCGCGGUGCCGGCGAUGAAGGUGAAGAAACCUGCUGCCACCGCGACACCCAGCAGUGCGACCGCAGCGCGCACGUCGCGGAUGAAGAAGACAUCAUUACUGCUGCGACCAGCGGAAACGGGGACAACAGCUUCUGAUAGCAACAAAAACCUGUCGGCGUCAACUGGGAAGUCUUUGAGCAAAAAACUCUCUACUUCCAGCAUCAAACUCAAAACCAAAACCACCACGCAGCCGAAGUCUACGUUCGCCCGUGCGAAAACUCCGGUGAAGUUGACUUUUGAUGAGAUCGAGGACGAACUCGGGUUGCCGGACGCUCCGACACCGGUCGCUGAAGAUACCGGCGCUUUCUGCGGCGGUACAGGAACGGAGAAAAUCUGUGUUGCUGGUGAAGGUGAACCAGAUGCGAACGUAACCGACGAGGAGUCCUUCACUUUAGAAGGGCCCGGAGAACUCGAUGCGUUUCUGGAGACGCUGGACGAAAUGAAGAUGAGUGCUGGAACUGCUCUAACAGCUGAAAGCGCUGGUGAGGCGAGUACGACGAUGCAGGAUGCUGUUGCAGAAAAGGAAGAUGGAAAAGGGCGUCGCCACACCGAAGACCCCGGCUUCCCGCAGAAAGAAAAGGACGGCAUGGUAGAAGAUCCGAACAUGAAGGGAAUGAGGACUUCCACGCUCAAUGACAACGUGAACACGGCAGCCAAGGACAUGGAGGACCUUUUCGUCGGCCAAAACAACGCUGACAAAAAAGCUGCUUCUACCUCCAAGAAGGACCAAAGAACCGCCGAUCCUGCGCGGCAGGAGCCUCUGUCAACUGCGUGUUUGAAGGCCAUGAAGACGCGACAGGUGGAGGAGAUGACCGACAAGAACACGAGCAGGCAAGCAGCAGCCGUCUCCGUUAUCUCGUCGUCUACCAAUGGCUCUUUGUCGACCGUGCAGAAGAAAACAAAAUCAAGUAACCCUGGGGAUGCAAGGCAGUGGCAGACUUCUGCGCGACAGAAAAAGCCGACCUUGCCGAUGACAACCGCGGAUGCAAAUCAGCAGAAGGUGAAGGACAAGAAAAAGGACCCGAAUCUCAACACGAGCAAGACUACGAGAUCUUCUCCUGGUGCUGCUGCUUCUUCAGAGAAAAAAAAAGUGAAGAAAGAGAAAAAGCAAGAAGUCGCCACGACACCACCGAUCGAGAUUCCAGUCGGCGUGUCCCAGGUGUCGGAAAGUGAGCACCGGUUUCAUCUCCUCUCUACAGCAUCUACGCUGGCGAAGCAGAAAGGUAUAAAUAUUAAUGUGUCACAUUGGUCAACACUUAAAAGCCUUGUGUCGUGAUCAGUGCAUUUCUUGCAACCAAGGCACCACAUAUCAUACUCAUGAAAAACUUCGAUUUUUUCCUUCAGGUGCCUCGAAAUACCGGUGUGUCUGCGCGAACGACGACUGCCAACAUUUCCGCUGCAUUGCUGCCCGGGAGUUGAAAAUGGUCAGUGACCAGUGGCUGCACUCCCUGGAGGACCAAGAAGUAGAUGAAGAGUUCACCUGUGCCACUGUGAGCCAGACAAAUUCCAACUUGAAUCCGUCGUCAACCAUUCGCCCGGAUUGGGACGAACAUUUGAUCCGGAAACCGGAGUUGUUUCGGGACUUCGACCGCGCCCGCGAGUUGGACCAGCUGUUCAAAUUGCAGCGGAAACGGGUGGAAGUGAACGCGGAACAGCAAAACUCGUUGUCGAUAAUGUCGCCAUCUGCAUCCUCUUUCUGUCGAACAAUUACACCGCUGGGCAAGACGGUUGUGUCUCAACACAAAGGAGCAUCUUCGACUUCGCCUGUAGAACCUGACUUAGCCUCCGUGCUCGCCCGCACCGACAAGAAUCGCGUUAGCAACGCCUUGCUGCAGCGCAUGCGACAGGCGGUGGGGAGGGUCUGCGCAGCGGAUGCAAACGGUAGUGCGGCGAGUCCAGCUGGUUCUUCCGCGGUCGAAAAGCAGAGUCAGGUCGUGAAGGCGAACGUGAAGAAGAUUCCGCUGAAGAGCGCUUUGAAAAAGGAAGCGAAACCUUCCUCUCCGAGGAAAGCGCCACAGUUCGUCGAAACCGGAAGAACAAUUUGUCAACCGUCGAAACUCCGUUUGCCGAUGCCGCGGACAAAGACCACGGGCUUGAACAACAUGGUCCAGGUACCGGGACCAGACGCAGCGGCCACCAACAUGGAGCGUCUGGAAGGUAAGUCUCUAACGCAGUCGGAGAAGCAGAUUGGCGUGGACGCGGCGUUUCACGGACAGCAAAACGAGGAAAACGUCGAACUGCAUGAUGCACCCGGAGUGUUUGUGGAAAAAGUGAAUCCUCUUGUGCAGCCUUUUGAACAAGAGCAGUUCUCCAAUGAUCAGGAAAAAGAAUUGCACGAGGUCGAAGACGCGUUCGCGGAAACCGGGGCAGAAGUGCUGGAAGACGCGACAAGCUCGAAAAACUCGAUCAACUUUCGCGAAAUUGUGCACACUGUUUUCCAGCUUUUGCAGAUCUCCGCGGUGGUUGCGGGUUGUGUCUGGAUGACGACGAAUCCGGAUUUUUGGUUGGAAGGGUGAGGGAGUAGAAGUGUGCCAGCCUGGUGGUUAUCAUGAGUACAUUAGAAAGGCAAAUAUAGAAUCUAAAAUUUGAUCGUAAUAGAGCUUGAGUUUGUGGUUCCUUGUUCGUGUAAGAUUUUUAUCGUUUCGAAGCACAAUUUUGACAGUGUCAAUCAUCUGGCUUCCUGAAUUGAUGGGGCUACUUCAGGAAUUUUAGUGCUGAACUGAUGUUGCUUUUCGCUUUUCUUCUCAACAUUUUUACCUGAACUCAAAUGAAUGAAAUUGAAAUCAAACAAAAGAGCGCCCUGAUUGGAACUUUGUAAAAGUACGCAAAUAGAACUAGGUAAAAAGCAGUAGUGCGAGCGCCCUCGUUCGCAGUAGGAAGGUAUCCGGGCGCUAGCAGAACUUACUUCAACUUCCUCUUCCCAAAUAUAUGAUUUUGCUGUCCCGACCGCCCCAGGUCUGUGAUGUCGAUCUUUUUUUUUUCACAGACAGUUGAGUAUUCCACCCGCGGAACAAGAGGCAAAAACAUAGAACAAAAGAAAAAACCUCGGAAAGUUUAAUACGGAAAGUCCACUGAAGCACGAAGUAAGGAUCCCUCUUACAAUCUCUUAACACUUCUGGCGCCUUGCACUUUGGACGAUCUAAACCACAGCUCCCUAGACAACAAAAAGCCACCACGUAAAACCACAAAGACGCACUGAAAGCACUCCCGCCUGCUGCUGAGUUUUCUCCUAUGCAAAUUCACAGCUUCACGGAAGAUGCCUCAACAACGCAGAGCGGCAAGCAGAAAGAACACUAUAGAGAAAAAAAAUAAUCAAGAGUGAAACUGUCUCUAUACUGCAGCUUUGCUCCUUUUAACAAACUGUCUCUAUACUGCAGCUUUGCUCCUUUUAACCCCUUGCUGGGUAAUCUAUCUAUCUAUCUGCUUUUGAAAUUUCCGUGGUAUGCGAUCGAACUGGUAUGAUAAAGCUAACAACUCAAUGUGCCAACGGGAGUACUUCUUCACGUUUCCCUCACUCUCAAGUUUCCAAGAAGAUUACGAAAAACGAUGAUCCAAGUUGUCUACUUCUUCCACGAACUUGUUUUUGCAACGGCUAUUUCUUGUCACUGUGAUUGUGGGAUUGCAAUUUUGUGUAUGAAGAAUGGCUGCCGCUGCGGCAGCGGUGGAUGAAAUGGAUUUAUAAUUCUGUUGUUGAUUGUUCUAUUUUUUUAUUCACAGAACAACGACCGACUGCGACUACCGAGACACUUUCUUACGUUUUGGUUAACAU